AAUAGGAAAAAGAAGGCCUUGGACUCUACCUACAUUAAGUAUUUUUAUACAUCUCAUCCGCUUUGCAGUACCACUUAAUUAAAUGGUGGAAGUACUGGCUGAAAAACCAUUGUUCUCAAGAUCUCCUCAAUCAUUUUCAGCACCUUCCCGCAUUGCACUACGAGAAGGGAUAGAGUUCAACGCUAUAUCCCGUGGCACACUGCUGAAACUCCUCAACGCCAUGGAAGAGAACAUCCAUGGGAGAGUCCGUGGAGGGAAGCGGGCAGUGUUCACGGCGCAGUUCGCAAAUAACAAGCACACGCGGAAAUUCGUUUAUCCUGAAGCUUAUGGUGGAUGAAAUGGACAUGGAGAAAUAAGUUUUGCUUUGUAAAGUUUUUGACUGAAGUUUUUG